AUGUACAGUCACGGAAAAAAGUAUCCGGAAAGCACAACAGAUGGUCAUUGUUUUUAUUUUAAGAGCGCUGGGACAUCUGGUCCAAACAUAUUACCUGGCGAUGUAACUUUUCGGGCUAAAAUGAAGGCACAUCCUGAAUUUAAGUUAGAGGGUCAUGAUUUUGUAGUUUCUAAGACCAUUCAUUUAGCCUAUGCUUUGACGGGAUGCGUCGUCGAUGUCACAACUUUUGACGGAAAAAUUAUUCAUAUACCUAUCCACGAUGUUGUGAAACCUAAGCACAGAAUUUGUCUUAAGGGAGAAGGAAUGCCAGUAAUAGGGUUUGCUUGCAGAGGCGACCUGAUAGUCGAAUUUGAAAUACAGUUUCCAAAUCGUCUCAGCGUGAAACAAAAAGAACUCAUAAAACAAGCUAUGUUUAACACAAGUUGA